UUCAAUUUACAGAAAGAUUGCCCAAAAGGAUUAUUGUCAAAAGAUAAGUUAAUGGAAGUAUAUUCCGACCUUUUCCGACAAGGAAAUCCAGAAAUGUUCUGUGAUCACGUGUUCCGCACAUUUGACCAUGAUAACAGUGGCCAUAUUGAUUUCAAGGAAUUUAUGCUUGCCAUCAGUGUGACCUCGGCAAGAGAUCCGAAGGAAAAACUGAAUUGGGCCUUCACGAUGUAUGAUAAAAAUAAAGAUGGCACUAUUGAGAAGAGCGAGAUGGUAGAAAUCAUUACGGCAAUUUACGAAAUGUUAGGAUGUACAGAUAGCCAGGAACCACCAGAAAAGCGUACAGAAAGUAUCUUUCAUAAAAUGGACGUGAAUAACGACGGUGUAUUGUCAAAAGAAGAAUUCAUAACUGGCUGCUUGGAUGAUGAUGACCUGCGUCAAAUGUUAACAGUCGAUGCAAUUUGUCCGCCUUGACGGAACAAAUCUUAAAAUUGUUUUCUUAUUUUUUUUCAAUUGGUUUUGGUCAAGAAAUAGAA